UCGAAACCGGAAGACGACACUCCGCAGUUUAGGAGUUAAGAGAUUUAGGAGUUCCACUGAGACAGACUUUAAUCACCUGCGCUCCCUGCGCAUUUGCAAAUCCGCUCUUGGCCACUUGGCAUGCGUUUAAAAAAAAAUCUUGCUAUAGCUUGCAAAUAGUCUGCGUGGAUCGGUUCAAUCAACUUUUUGUGUUUCUUAUUUCGAUUUCUGUAUAAUAUUGUCAAUUCAAUGUAUUAUCGAUUUAAUUGAAAAGCAUAAUUUCGGGCAACCAUGAGUAAAUCUGGAACAUUUAAAAUAAAUAAUUUGUUUCAUAAAACAAAGUCACUGGAUAAAGUAAACAAGGACGGAGGAAAGAAUACAUUUAUAGAUGCAACUUCAUAUGUAGAUGGAGAGCCUUCAAGCCCUUUGCGGUCGAGUCGCGGACUUGUCAGCCCCAAAGAUGGGACGUUUCCCGGUGAUAUUCUACCUACAAGCCCGCCAAGCGAGGAGAAAAAGAAGAAGAAACGGUUCCUGUCCUUUAGGCUCAAGAAGAAACGCUCCAAGGACUCAGGGAGCAUCGACGACCAAUUGUUCUGUACCGGUGCCGACGAGCUCGACAGCUUCAGCAGUAACAUGAGUUUUGAUCAGCUGAGUGUGUCGACAGAGUACAGCGUCAACAGCACCAGGACGGAGAGAGACAGGGAUGCAACCUCCAUGUUCAGCUUCGACAUGUCAGCCUUCAACAGCCUCAGCCCCACCAAGUCCAGAAAUAAGAGCUCGGACGGAAUGCUUAACCGCAUCAGCAGUUUAUUUUCCACCAAGAAGAAGAAGAGCCGGAGUGGUUCACUCUCAGUAGGCUCAGAGGAUGGAUCCUGGCUGGGUCCUGGCUCUCCCAACUCUCCCCCGUCCCCUGGUUCUCCUCUCUCCCCCCACCAGAAGGACGGGCUGAGGACCACCACUACCCAGAAAGAGGGAGAGGUAGUGGAAGCGGGAGCUGGGCCAGUGCUGGAGAGUCUGUCGGAGCUCCAAGCGAAGGGGUCAGUGUUCAGUAGCAGCACCAGACCUAGUACAUCCAGCCUAGCCUCUCUGUUGGAGGCGGACACAGGGGACCUGCCGUUUGCAGACAGUGACAGCAGCGCCCGGGGCAGCGUGAGGGAGGUGCAGGUGUGCAGGGUCAGCCGGGCGGAAGCAGAGUCAGACGGAGAGGCAGACAGGAAUUCUGGGAAUCUGACUCCCACGAACGUGUUCCCCUCCGGAGCGGAGCAAGCCCCAGAGCUCGGCCUCACUAAGGACGUGGUGGAGGAGGUGAACAGGAGGCUGCAGGUAUAUCUGAAGGAACAAAGCACUGUGAAAGACGGAGAGGGGUCGGAGUGGGGCAGCCCAGUGGUCCAAACCACCCUCAGGUCGUUUGAGCUCUCUCAAUCUCACCUAAAGACUGAUGUCACCUCUCUCGGCAUCGAGUCUAAAAAGACCUCUCUGAAAACAUCUGUUGGAGGGAAGGGGAGUUACCUGCUGGGAGUGACUCUAGCCUCUCAGUCUCACACCCCGUCCUCCUCAGACCCACAGCCAGAGGGUGAGGAGGGAGAGAACAGCCCAGCCAUGGGGAAGAAGAACAGGAGAAGGGCUCGGAAACCCACCAGCGUCAGCUCGGCUGAGACUGCUCCCCCCAGCCAGAUGACGUUACCUGGGGGAGAGGGGACGAGGCGGGACUCACCUGCGAAGCUACACAAACCUGUGUCGGUGGAAACACACCUGGGAGAAGAGCCCAUACCUGUGUCUGUGGCCCCUGUGGUGUACACUGAUACUGCCGGUGUCCUGGCCACUGUAACCCUUUCAGCGGUAUCCGGUGGCAGAGAGCCAGAGCUGGCUGUAUCCACAGCACCAGUCUCCAAGGACUCCGAAACAAACAAAGCCCGGCCAGAGGAGACCAGUCCAGCCACAGACUCCGAGUGCAGCCCCCCUCUAGAGGAUCAGACGGCCCUGAGCAAAGAGGAAAAGCGCAGGAGUGUGAAACUGUCCCACAGUGAGAAGCUUUUCACUAAGAAGGUGUAUGUGAGCCCUGAGCCCAGUUUUGAUGGGGAUGAGCAGACAGAGAGAGAGCUGGAAAAUAAUGACAUCGUAGACUUGGCUUCAAAGAUUCCUCAGAAGUCUGAGGUGAAACUGCUGCCAAGCCUCAAAAAGGUGAAUGUAAAUCUCAAGGAACCAAACAAUGACUGUAUCAUCUCUGUGGGAGAGAUAACUGAGGGUACAGACUUUGACCUAAGCCACCAUGAGCCCAAGGCUGUAGACAGUUCCCCAACCCCAGAUCUGGAUGAGGCCUCUCCAACCACAACCAUGCCAGGACGCAAAACACAGCCUAACACUGGGGGUUCAGGGGUUAGAGGUCAGGGGAUGCCCCAGGUCACCCCGUCUAAACCAGGGGAUAAAGUAGGACAUGUAGCCAGUCGGUUAAAGAGCCCAUCUCCUUCUGUUGGACCCAAGUCCAAAGCUGGCCUGGACAUGGCUAAGGGAAAGGUUCUCACAGAUGGUGGAAAGUCGGGGGUUUCUAGUGGGGCUCCAUCGCAAAGGACAACUAAAGAUGGCGGGGAGAAAACAGAGGUUAUGCCGUCUACAUCAAAGGGUCAACUCACUGCAGAAAAAACAGAGGUCACCGACAGCCCCAAGUCGAGAAUCCCCAAAAAGUCAUUAUCAGAAUCUGCAUUGAAACCCCCAGUAUCACCAGACACAACCUCAGUGGUUGAUGUUUCAGAGGUUGUGCCUGUGGCUGGUUCCAAACAACAGAAAACUCCUGAACCUAAACAUUUAAUGAUGAAAACAGGCACAAAGCCUAUUGUUGAAGAGGUGAAGGGAGUGGGUUCAGGAGAAAAACAAACUUCUGCGCCUGUUAAGUCAGAAGAGGUCUCACCUACUAAAGUACCACUCAUGUCACCUGUGAAGUUCAGCAAAGAUAAGAGCAAAGAUAGUUCAGAUAAGGUUAACCUGGUCAAUGGACUGGAGAAAGACCCAGAGGACAACACUACCACUGCCAAAACAAGUGAACCCAAAGAUGUGAAAAAACAGACUCCCACACACCCAGACAGCAACAACAGCAGCAUGAUACCAAAGAGUCGGUUACCCAAAGCCCCUGACAACUCUUCGGUCAGAAAGGCGAAAAAUGGUAAACUCCAAACCAUCGACACAGGCAGUAAAAAGACCAAAACCACUGAGAGAGCAUCAGGUGUCAGUAGUUGGCCUUCCACACCAACCAGUCCAAAGCAGCAGGAGCUUCCCAGCCCAGAGGAAAGGCCCACAGAUGAGACCCUGAUCCCUGAACCUGAGAAGGGAAGCAAGCUGCCUUGCCCUUUGCCAACAAACUUGCCCCAACAGCUCUCCAAUAAGAGCACUCCACAUGACGAUGGUGACACACCCACCUCUCCCGCACUGGUACCAACAAAGUCAGAGAAACCUGCCUUCCUUAGACUGAAGAAGCAGAGUAACAUCACAUCUCCCAUCAUGAACAAGACUGCUGAGGAUGCUGGGAGUUUGAAAAGUCCAGUGAAAGAUCCAAGUGAUUCUGUAACUGUGGCUAGCAAGCUUCCGAUGUUCCGUCAGAAAACCCCGCCUAAAGGAAAACGCAGCAAACCCCUUAAGAAAUUUGAGCAAACUGUGAACUCUGAAACACUAUCUGAAACACAAUCUACACCAGUACAAGAUCAUGUGUCGCUGAUCACAGAUAACUCUCAGAUAGAAGAUCAACAAACCAAACCAGCAACAGGCUCCUCACUAGUAGCAGACUGUAGCACUGAGCUUGUAAAAUAUCAAACAAAUAAACCAGCAAUCACUGGAACGAAGGAAUCACUGAAGGACAGCAGUAGUAGUACACCUGUAACAAAACUGGAUGCAAAAUCGGAAAUUGCACAAGAAAAAUCCCUGUCAGUCAGAACUACCUCUGUUACACAGAAACAUCAAACCAAACCACCCCCAGAUCUCUCAUCAGAGAUUGACCGUGACUAUGUGGAAGCCUUAACAGAUACACCACAGCUGCUGACAGGUAAUGUAGAGCCAGGUGUCGUUGUGGAGAAACGCCCAUCUGAACCAAGCCCCAUUGUGUCUGCCUCAGGCACACCUACCCAUGAGGAAGUAAUAUAUGCAUCUACCAAGCCUGCAUUGACUGACCGCAUUCAUGCUGACACUGACACCCGAACCAAUCAGAAGAGUAAUGAGAGCAAUGACAAUACCUCUACAGCAUCAGAGAAGCUCAUAUCUGGUGCUGGAGAGGAAAUAGGUAGUACAAAUCAGCCUGUGGAAAAUGGCCUGGAUGAAGCUAAGGAAAGCUCACCCAAAAAUGCCUCCACUGUGGUUGAAAGUGGAGAUAGUCUCAAUAUGGCAACACAGACAAAUCUGAUUGGCUUGGAGGACAAAUCACAGGCACUAGCUAAUGUUCAAACCCCAGAUAUAGUACCUAUUGGUAAUGCCAUAGAUUCUGAUAUAUCCAUAGUUUUUAGGAAAGAGAGUGAAAUACAGAAGGAGGGAGAGCCAGUGAAGGUCUCAGACAUUCUAACAAAGGGUGGGAUUGUUCAGAAAACAGUUGAAAAUGGAGAGGUCCAACUGAACAAAGAGGUUCCUUCACUGACACAUAAUUUGGCAAAUGCACAUAGGCAGCCACACAAAGGAAAGAAACAAGAGGACAAACCCCAUGAGGCAGCCAAUAAGAGUACCGUAACUAAGAUGGAUGCAAAACAGGAAUCAAAGUCCAUAACCACAAAGGCUAAGGAAAAGAAGAAGGUGACAAAACAAGAAGAUAGACCAAGUGAAGGAGUGACUAAAAACACAGCCUUUAAGAUAUUAGACACAAAACAGGAAUCAAAAACCAUAAGCACAAAAUCUCAGGAUGAGAAGGUAUUGGUCCUCAAAGAACCCCCUAAAACUCAAAAAGCAACCCCCAAUACUGAACUGCCUCUUCAGCCGCCAACUUCUCCGAAGCACCCCUCUCCCCUUAAACCUCUCCCUUUGAAACAGGCCUCUCCCUCCAGCUGGUUAGAUGUGGAGCACAGAUCCAAGCGGGAGCAGAAGAGGGAGACCAAGAGGAGGCUGGACUGUUCAGCCAGCGAGGAUGAGAGUCUGGCUGAGUCUGACAAUGUGGAGGACUUCAUCAGGAACAUAAAGGAACUGGGCACCCCCUUUUCCCUGCCCUCCAAGAGGCACCACAGUCAUCCCAAGACCCCCUCACCCCCCUUUGCUCUGCCCGCCAUCAAGGAGGACCGCUUCGAGAACCCCUUUGAUGCUGAGGGCUUUCAGUUUGGCCUGAAGAAGAGGACGAAGGAUAAAGUAACCCCGGCCAUGUUGAUAAAGAAACAGCCUCACAGGGAGGACAAGACACGGACAAGACAGAAUAGAGCAGAGGGUAGCCUUCUCUACAAAGCUCUCCAGUCUCCAUCUAGAGCCCUGAGAAAACCAGGGUAUCAAACAGACAGGAAAGAUGGAGAGGUGGAAGUGAAGGUAGAAGUGAAGAGGGAGGUAGAGAAGGAAGAGGAGCAAGGGAAAGGAGAAGAAACCGGGCAGCUCUCGUCGCGGCUUGGAAGGAUGUCCAUACUGUCCAAAUUGUUGAGUUCCCCCAAGACUUCCGGAAAGGGCAACGGGGAUCCUUCCUCCUCAAUUGGUGCUCCUCCUUCUCUUACAACCCAGGGCACAGUGCCAGGAAGGGCGGGCGGGAGCGGUAUGGAUCCAGGCCUGCUUGUGGGUGCAGCUUGUGAGUCAAUAAUCAGUCCCUCUUCACCUCCUUCUUUGCCCUCAUUCACUGAGCUAAAGCUACCAGAUCACCUGGAGAAAUGUCUCAGGGAAGACAAAGGAGCUUCACAGAGUAAUGUUACACAGAGUGCUUUGGUUAGUACUGUAAUGGACCUAGGUCAGGGUGCUGGACUUCCUCCUCUGAAUAUGGGCGUAAAGGGACUUACGUUAGGACAUCUUUCAACCAAUAACCAUCCCCCACAGGCCGCUCUGAAUGGUCUUCUUACAGCCAACACAAAGAUUCCAGAAGCGAGAGGGUUUCAUAAACGGCCUGGGAAGAUAGUGCUCCAUGAGCAGGCUCAGUUUGAAGGAGAGGCCUACGAUGUGUUUGGUGACGUGGAGGAUGCCUCCAUGAUGAAGCUGUCUCCUGUCAUCUCAGUCAGGGUCAUCAGGGGAUGCUGGCUGCUAUAUGAGAAGCCAGGGUUCCAGGGGCGGACCAUCGCCUUGGAGGAGGGCCCCAUGGAGCUGGUCAACGUGUGGGCAGAGGAGGUGACAUCAGGGGCACUGGACCAGAUGGAUCAGCCUGUCCCAACUUCACCCAUGAUCAUCGGAUCCAUCCGCCUGGCAGUGAGGGACUACAGUUUACCUCAGAUUGACCUGUACACUGAGGUGAAUGGUCUGGGGAGGAUGUCAUCAUUCUGUGACGACUCCAUUGAGAUCUGUUCCUAUGGGAACAUACAGAACACCGGCUCCAUCAAGGUCCACUCUGGAGUCUGGCUGGUGUAUAGUGACCCAGGGUUUGGGGGUCUGCUAGCGGUGUUGGAGGUGGGAGAGUAUCCCUGUCCAGAGGCCUGGGGAUUCCCUCAGCCAUUCAUCGGAUCUCUGAAACCCCUCAAAAUGGGUGGGAUAAAGGUGGAGCAUUCUAAUGACGUAAAGGCUCUGGUGUUCGAGAGGCCGUGCUUUGAGGGCGAGUGUGUGGAGAUUGACGAUGAUAUGUACGACUUCAGAGAGGGAGGAGAUGAGGAAGAUGGGGAGGAGGAGGAGGAGGAAGAAGGGAAUCCAGUCAAAAGGAAGACAUUGUGUUCUGUGGGAUCCCUCAAGAUCCUUAGAGGACUCUGGGUGGGCUAUGAUGAGCCAGACUUUGAGGGUCACCAGUAUCUCCUGGAGGAGGGGGAGUACCCUGACUGGAGGGAGUGGGGAGGCUACAGAGACCAGCUCCUGUCACUGCGCCCUGUAUGCUCUGACUUCCUGUCUCCCCAUGUGAAGCUGUUCAGUGAGAGGGACUUUGGGGAGAGAGGGGUCCACAUGGACCUGCUGGGGCCUGUCACUAACAUGGAGGACACCUGCUGCGGCCCCAAGACGCAGUCCAUCAAUGUCCAGGGUGGAGUGUGGGUUGCCUUUGAGAACCCAAUGUUCUCCGGAGAGCUCUACAUUCUAGAGAAAGGCCUCUACGGAAGCCCAGAGGACUGGGGAGGACAGAACCUCAAGAUCUCCUCGCUGCAACCCGUUUUCCAGGAUAACCUGGGUGGAAGCAAGUUCAAGGUCCAGCUGUUCUCAGAGCCUGGGUUCCAGGGCAGAGUGGUGGUACUGGAGGACAGUGUGGUAUCCCUGGAGGAAGACUUCUCCCCUCGCUCCUGUAGAGUACUGGCUGGGAGCUGGGUGGCAUAUGAGGGAUCCCAGUUCACAGAGCACAUGUUUGUCCUGGAGGAGGGAGAUUACCCCAACACUGAGUCAAUGGGCUGUCUGGGUCCUGACUCUACCAUCCGCUCCAUACAGACCAUCAGCCAUGAGUUCUCCCUCCCGUCCAUAACGCUGUUCAGUAAGGUUGGCUGUAGAGGCCGUAGGGUGGUGCUGACGGGAGAGACGGUGAACCUGCAGCUGGCUGGGGUUGACAGACGCAUACACUCCCUGGUGAUCCACGGAGGAAUUUGGGUGUUGUAUGAGGAUAGUAACCACCGGGGCCGUCAGAUCCUGCUACCGCCAAGCGAACUGAAUGAUUGGUGUAAGUUCAGCAGCUGGCCGCGAAUCGGAUCCAUGCGACCACUAUUGCAGAAGCAGGUGUACUUCCGUUUGCGGAGCAGAGAGACGGGCGAUGUGAUGUCCCUGUCAGGGCCUCUGGAUGAAAUCAAGCUUUUGAGGGUCCAGGCCCUGGAGGAGUCAGGGGGAGUGGACCAGACCUGGAUCUACCAUGACGGAGUCCUACGCUGCAAGCUGGUGGAGGACUGUUGCCUGCAGACAUCAGGGAGCAUUAUCAUGGCGGGCAGCAGGCUGAGUGUGUCUCCUCCGGAGCCAGGGAUAAACAACCAGCUGUGGAGCAUUACCCCAGACGGCCUGGUCCGAUGCCACCUCAAACCUGACCUGGUGCUGGAGAUUAAAGGUGGACAAAGUUAUGACAAAACUCAAGUGAUUCUCAAUACAUUUGAUGAGAGAAAACACACCCAAAGAUGGUCUUUGGAGAUCCUGUAAUGGAAUGUCAAUCUGGCCCUUGCCCUUCCACAGCAGCUCAGCUCUGUGAUGCAGCUCCACCGUGGGGCCCAUACUCUUGCUUCUUGAUGAAGUUUCUCCAAACAUUCUGCAACAUUUGUUGAGCUUGAGAGCAAAAAUUCCAAACUGUCUUUGUGAAAUACAACCCGUAAACCAGUGAUCUACACUCUGAAGACAAAACUACACAUGGCUAUAGAACUAUCUAAUCGAGCAAGGAGCACAGCAUUUUACUUUGAGGACUUGACUGAUGCUGUACAAAUACCACAAUUCAUUUGUUCACUUACCUCUCAUUGAGCAUACCAAAGAAUAACUGUAUGGGAAUGUGUCUCUCCUGUAUUCAUAUCAUUUACAAUGACUUAAGCCCUGUGUUAAUGCUGAUUUUAUCCACAAAUCUCUUUUCUAUGGUACUUUACCAGUCAAUUACUGAGAUCGGUUUUCUUACAACAAUGUUGUAAAUGUCUUUUUUAGCACACUUAUUGUUCUAUGGUCACAUAUUCUUAAUGUAAUAGAUGAACACUCCUUAAAUUCUCCAAAUAAUGUUUUGUGUAAAUGGUUUUUCUAGAUUUUUGAAGUCAACUUAAUAUUUUUCUACAGACAUCACUGCACAGUACAUUAGCUUCUGCAGGUGUAUAGAUUUUGUUGAAUGACUAAAUAUCAACUUCAACACUGUGCUACAAUUUCAUACUAACCACGGUCUUACUUGUAAAUAUGUCAACAAAAUGCUGUUACAUCUACAACAAAAAAUUGUUUCCUUGAUUGGUGUUACUAUGGCAAAGAAUCUCAAUUACCCUUUCAAUGAAGAUCACAAGGUCAAGGACUUGAAUACGUUUUACUUAUCACAUAGCUACAACAGGCAGCCUCUUCUCAGACAGACACACAGUCAUAGCCUUAGCACAGACGAUCAUAAAGGAUCAUUUCGCUGGUUACUCGGAUGAGUCCUCUCCGCUGCUGAUCUUGACCACAGUCUUCCCCCGAGCAUGUCCUUUCUCUAUCUUCAGCAUGGCCUGGGGCACCUGGGAGAAGGUAAACUCCUCCUCCACCACCGCACGGAUCUGCAGGAACAGGAAGUGUGGUCACACGAAGUUUAAAAAAAAUCAAAAACAAACCUGACUUUAGACAUGUGUGAAGGGGCAAAGGUCGGGAUUCACUCAAAGGCUUGUUAUCGACAAGUGCAUUGCACUUACCUUCAAAAUAAAAUGUAUACUUGAGCCAAAAUCUCUGCAGAACUUAGCAUGAAUUGAUCUCCACAAACAUCUGAGAAAUUGCCUUUAAAAGGUGCAUUGUUGGUUGUGCAGUGCACAGUUCUGAAACGGGCCUUUGAAUGAAUCCUGGCCAAAUUGAUCUUCCAAAAAAGAAAAUGAAUAACAGAGAAAGUUGAGUCAUAUGGUGCAUCUGUCGGCACAGUAGCCUACAUUGAAAAAUGGAGAGUUCCUCUUCUACACAGAAUGACCUGAUCCUUACCUCUGUGUGGAUUGAAGAUACCACUUCAAUUAUAGGUUAAGGAUGUACUGACAUCUUUCAGAAAACGACGACGUACACCAACACUGUACACAACAGCACCCUGUUCAGCCUAAGAUGCUCUUAUCAUGUAGGUGUAUUGUAUAUUUGAAAAUGAGUAUUAAAAAAAUUACAUAAUUGA